UAGAAAGUAGUCGAGUCGCGUUAUAUGGAAAUGAAAACAACAGCAGGAGGGGGCGGCUGAUGGUUCCGCUGUUUCCAAUCAUGGGCUUGAAAAACGUCCUUAUGUGCGCGGUCGCUGGUGUUCUGGCCGUGUUCGCGUUGCGUCAGUGGCGAGUACACACUUGGGGUCGGUGCCGAAGCAAGCGCUCCAUGAUCGGCAAGACUGUGGUGAUCACGGGCGCCAACUCGGGUCUCGGCAAGGCCACGGCGAUCGAACUUGCGCGGCGAGGAGCCAGGGUUAUUCUCGCUGUUCGCGACAUCAGUGGAGGCUUGCUCGCUGCCGCCGACGUGCGACGCGUGACUAGCAUCGAGAACGUCGUGGUUCGCUACCUGGACCUCUCGUCGUUCAGCUCGAUCCGGGCGUUCGCCAACGGAGUGCUCAAGAGCGAGAUGCAUCUGGACGUGCUGGUGUGCAACGCGGGAGUCUUCCAGUGUCCCCUGACGCUGACUCGAGACGGUUUCGAGAUGCAGAUGGGUGUCAACCACCUGGGACACUUUUUGCUCACCAACCUGCUCCUAGAUCGGCUCAAAAACUCGCAACCCAGUCGCGUCGUGGUCGUCACGUCAAACCUGUACAAGCGGGCCAAGCUCAAGUCCAGCGAACUGCUCAUGGACGUGAGCAACUACGACAAGCGACUCGCCUACGCCAACAGCAAGCUCGCCAACGUGCUCUUCGUGCGAGAGCUGAGUCGAAGGCUUCGCGGAACGGGGGUGAAGGCUUACGCCGUGAGUCCAGGCAUGGUCUACACAAACCUCGGUCGCCACACCAAACUACCCUGGUAUUUGAUGGUCCUGCUGUUGCCGUUCGCGCUGUUCGCGGUCAGAACUCCGGAGCAGGGAUGCCAGAGCAUCGUUGACUGUGCCGUGAACGAGGAGUACGAACAACACUCGGGAAAGUUCUAUUACAACUGCCGGCCCGAGAAAUUGGAGAGCAUAGCUUUGGAUGACGAUCUGGCGCUCAAGGUUUGGGCGGAGAGCGAGAAGUUGACGGGUGUGUUGUCCGUGGACGUUAGAGGCUGAGCGCGGACGUGUGUAGAUGCGAUUUCAGUGAUUGAUACGUCGAGUUUGCUGGUGUUUCAAACUCUUCGUCGUAGCACCUGUGAUCAAAUCUGUUGCGAAGGCCUACAAUUUCUGGACGCGCCUUUUAAUUCGCGGCAGCUAGUUCCACCAUAAUGUAGUAAUUUAUUGUAUUCGUGUAUUUUGUGUGUGUGUCGUAGCCUCCCCGAUCAGUUGGACGGGGAGGCCCAAUGUGUGUUCAUCCACGUCUUUACUGCGUGCGUAAAAUAAACGUGACCUCC